AUGGGCAGCUGCUUCAGUUGUCAGAGGGGCUCGUCUGGCAAGAAGGACAUGACGGGCUCGCCUUCCAACGCUGGUAACAGCAAAGACAACAUAUUGCCAGCCGUGCCCAGCGUACCCAUACAGAACAUGCCACCCCACGACAACAUACGUGAAGUCAGGAACGGGCCAAUGCCGCCGGUGCCCGACCAGGAGCCUUCAAACGCCACAAAUGCGUCGGCAAAAAUAUUUGUAGCCCUAUAUGAUUAUGACGCACGCACCGAUGAAGACCUCAGCUUCAGGAAAGGAGAACAUUUAGAGAUCCUGAAUGAUACACAAGGUGAUUGGUGGCUGGCCAGGAGCAAAGCUACUAAACAGGAAGGUUAUAUUCCUUCUAAUUAUGUUGCCAAAUUGAAGUCUAUAGAGGCUGAGCCAUGGUAUUUUGGCAAGAUCAAAAGAAUUGAGGCCGAGAAAAAACUACUAUUGCCAGAGAAUGAUCAUGGAGCAUUUUUAAUUAGGGAUUCUGAGAGUAGAAGAAAUGAUUACUCUUUGUCUGUUCGCGAUGGUGAUACUGUUAAACAUUACCGAAUCAGACAAUUAGAUGAAGGUGGAUUCUUCAUUGCUCGGCGUACUACCUUUAGAACUUUACAGGAAUUAGUAGAGUACUAUAGUAAAGAUGCUGACGGUUUAUGUGUCAACUUACGUAAGCCUUGUGUACAGGUGGAGAAACCAGUAACUGGUGGUCUGUCCCAUAGUACAAGAGAUCAAUGGGAAAUUGAUAGAUCUUCAUUGAAGUUUGUACGAAAAUUAGGACAUGGUCAGUUUGGUGAAGUUUGGGAAGGCUUGUGGAAUAAUACGACACCUGUUGCUAUAAAAACAUUAAAGACUGGUACAAUGGAUCCCAAAGAUUUCUUAGCAGAAGCCCAAAUUAUGAAAAAACUAAGACAUACCAAAUUAAUUCAAUUAUAUGCUGUUUGUACUAUGGAAGAGCCUAUUUAUAUUAUCACUGAACUAAUGAAAAAUGGAAGUUUAUUAGACUUUUUACAAGGUAAAGGACGUGGUUUGAAACUUCAACAAUUGAUUGAUAUGGCAGCUCAAAUAGCAUCUGGUAUGGCAUACCUCGAAUCUCAAAAUUACAUUCAUCGUGAUCUUGCUGCUAGGAACGUUCUUGUUGGAGAGAGUAACAUUGUGAAGAUUGCAGAUUUUGGUCUUGCUCGUCUUAUAAAGGAGGAUGAGUAUGAAGCAAGAGUUGGUGCUAGAUUCCCUAUCAAAUGGACUGCACCAGAAGCUGCUAACUAUAGCAAAUUCUCUAUAAAAUCUGAUGUAUGGUCAUUUGGAAUUUUACUCACUGAGCUGGUUACCUAUGGACGAAUACCUUACCCGGGUAUGACCAAUGCUGAGGUAUUGCAUCAGGUUGAGCAUGGUUACCGAAUGCCAAUGCCACCUAAUUGUCCAACGGCGUUGUAUGAUAUUAUGUUAGAAUGCUGGCAUAAAGAUGCAAUGAAGAGACCAACAUUUGAAACACUCCAGUGGAAACUGGAAGACUUCUUCACAAUGGAGGGGUCUGAGUAUAAAGAAGCAUCGGGUUACUGA